UCAUUCACGUCCAAGGUCGUCAUGGCAACUCUCCUGUCCUGGGACCUAGUGUCUGUGGUCAUCAUGCUGUUCCUUGUCUGUACAGGUAAGCUACAGUGGAUUACCAUAGUACAGUGUGUUUGUGUGUGUGCCUUCCUGCCUGCCUACCUAGCUACCUAGCUACCUACCUAGCUACCUAGCUACCUACCUAUCUACCUUCUUAUGUGCUUGAUUGCCAAAAUCUCACACUGUCCCUUUAAAGUACAGUACUUUCAACAUGUUCUUUAUUGUUUUCUGUCACAUAGAGUCAGCAAAUGACAGAACAAAAUAUCAGGAAAAUAAAUCAGCUUCUUUGGGAGAAAUUGUUACUUUGGUGUGCAACAACUCCGUGACGAAUGCAUCAUACAUCUGGAAAAAGGACACAGUUCUCAUUUUCUCUCAUAGUGGCAUACGGAAUAAAACUGAAAGAAAAUUCACCUCUGACAGGAUAAGUGUUGAUCCACCUACAAAGCUAACUAUCUUUAAUGUAGAGUUAAAUGACACAGGGAACUACAGCUGUCAAAUAACAGAUGAUCAAAGUGGUGUACGGACAAUGGACUGGAAUUUGACCAUCACUAAUAACCUCACAGGUAAUGGAAGCAAUUUUCUGUUUAUACUGUAACGUGGAGAAUAAACUGUAUUCUGUAAUGCUAGAUAUAAAUAUGUACAUUUAUGAAGUUGAAUUUUGACAUGAACAGAAAUGUCAAUUAUUGUGAUAAUUAUUGCAAACAAUCGAUACUGAGUGUUAUAAUGUUAUUAUUUGGUUAUUAUCUCCCUUUUUUUUUUUUACUAUAUUCUUCUAAAGCAAAGGAAUAUAACACUUGUUUUAGACUUGUCAACUUUCCUGAAAACCCAAUUGUUUCUGUAUGUUUGUCUUAACACAGAUAAUGCUGAACAUAGCCUACAGAGAUUAUUGCUCUUCACAAUUCCUUCUGCUAUUGGAGGAGUGAUUCUCUGCAUUAACAUCUACUGUAUGGUCUGGCUGUGUAGGUGAGUAGCUGAAAGUAGUGUACCUAAGAGCUCUAUUCAGUCAUAUCUGCAUUGCCUAAUGCACUGUGGUCUCAUUUUGUAUCUAUAGUUGAGUAGGAGUUAUUUUUCAAUAAAAUACCUAAUUCAUGUUACUUUGUUUCUGCAGGAAACGAAAACAGGAACAGACAAGUCAUUGUAACAGGCACGGAGAG